GGAGGCACCCUCCCGACCAGCCCGCAGUACAUGGUAACUCUGACACCUUCUGGCCAUCCCAAUAAUGAAAACGGAAGCUAAGGAUGGAGAAGAGGAAAGCCUGCAGACAGCAUUCAAAAAGCUGAGAGUUGACACAGCUGGAUCUACUGCUUCUCUCUCUGUGGGUGAAGGGACAAGUCCAAGAGCACUAGUUAGAACAGUGGCAGAUGAAACCAAACCUAAGAGUGUGUGCACUUCUAAGGAAGCCUGGCAUGGGUCUAUGAAGAAGCCUUCGAGAGGAGUUGUGAGAACCCAGCGUCACAGGUGUUCCAAGUCUCCAAUUCUUCAUCCUCCCAAGUUUAUCCAUUGCAGCACAAAGUCACAUUCCACAUGCAACCAGCUAGUGCAUAAGAGCCAAAAUGAUGUCCAGGACGACAGCAGUGGCUGUGGGAUGCCAGUCCUAAAGGAAGCCUGUCCACAUGAACAAUGCAAUGUUGCUCCUGACGUUGGCCAUAAGGGAGCUGAUGUUGAGUCUUUGGAAGCUUCUGCUAUGCGGUCAGUGUCAAAGAACAGACAGGAGAACUCUCCAGCUUCUCUAGAAACUAAAGCAAGCCUAAAGACUACGGAGCUUUCUGACUUUCAGUCUAUGUCCAAGCUGAACACGAAUAAGCCAUGUGCAUGUGCAGAUAAAGCCUGUCAGUGUAAACGAUGGCAAGAUAUGGAAGUAUACAAAUUCUCUGGCUUGCAGAACACCCUCCCUUUGGCACCUGAUAGAAGAACAGUUUCUGAGGAUCACUCCCAGUCUUUGCUAUCAAGAACUCCCUCAAGCUCUCCACGCUCUUGUUCUGAGCAAGCCAGGGCUUUUGUGGAUGAUGUGACUAUUGAAGAUCUUUCGGGAUACAUGGAAUAUUACUUGUAUAUCCCAAAGAAAAUGUCUCACAUGGCAGAAAUGAUGUACACCUGACAGCAAUGAGCACUGUAAGGGUGUGCGGUUUAAAUCUGCCCUCAGUCACACUCAUGUGAGAUGCAACCUACUUUCUGCUCACUGUGCUUGCAAUAAAACCACUUCUCUGUAUCUUA